GCCCGCGUCCCCGCUCGGAAUGAAGGUGUUCCGCAGGAAGGCGCUGGUGCUGUGUGCAGGCUAUGCGCUGCUGCUGGUGCUCACCAUGCUCAACCUCCUGGACUACAAGUGGCACAAGGAGCCGCUGCAGCAGUGCAGCCCCGACGGGCAGCUGGGCGCCGCGGCGGGAGCAGCAGGGGGCGGCUGGGGGCGUCCGGGCUUGCCACCGGCAGCGCCGCCCCGAGCGCAAACCCGCUUGGACCUCCGCACCCCGUACCGCCCGCCCGCUGCUGCCGUCCCGGCGGGGGGGGCAGGGGCCGCGGCCCCGCCAGGCAAUGGCAGCCGGGGCGGCGGGGGCAAGAGACAGCUGGUGUAUGUGUUCACCACGUGGCGCUCGGGCUCGUCCUUCUUCGGCGAGCUCUUCAACCAGAACCCCGAGGUGUUCUUCCUUUACGAGCCAGUGUGGCACGUGUGGCAAAAGCUGUACCCCGGAGACGCCGUUUCCCUGCAGGGGGCGGCGCGGGACAUGCUGAGCGCUCUGUAUCGCUGCGACCUCUCCGUUUUCCAGUUGUACAGCCCCGCGGGCAGCGGGGGGCGCAACCUCACCACUUUGGGCAUCUUCGGCGCGGCUACCAACAAGGUGGUAUGCUCGUCGCCGCUCUGUCCCGCCUACCGCAAGGAAAUCGUGGGGCUAGUGGACGACCGCGUGUGCAAGAAGUGCCCGCCGCAGCGCCUGGCCCGUUUCGAAGAGGAGUGCCGCAAGUACCGCACGCUUGUCAUCAAGGGCGUGCGGGUCUUCGACGUGGCUGUAUUGGCGCCACUACUGCGCGACCCGGCCCUGGACCUCAAGGUCAUCCACCUGGUGCGUGAUCCCCGGGCAGUAGCCAGCUCGCGCAUCCGCUCACGCCACGGCCUCAUCCGCGAGAGCCUGCAGGUGGUGCGUAGCCGGGACCCGCGCGCCCACCGCAUGCCCUUCCUGGAGGCCGCUGGCCACAAACUGGGCGCUAAGAAGGAGGGUGUGGGUGGCCCAGCCGACUACCACGCGCUCGGCGCCAUGGAGGUCAUCUGCAAUAGCAUGGCCAAGACGCUGCAAACGGCCCUGCAGCCCCCGGACUGGCUGCAGGGCCACUACCUGGUGGUGCGGUACGAGGACCUGGUGGGAGACCCUAUCAAGACUCUGAGGAGGGUAUAUGACUUCGUGGGGCUGCGGGUGAGUCCUGAGAUGGAACAGUUUGCUCUGAACAUGACUAGUGGCUCGGGCUCCUCCUCUAAGCCCUUCGUGGUGUCCGCCCGCAACGCCACCCAGGCUGCCAAUGCCUGGCGGACCGCCCUCACCUUCCAACAGAUCAAACAGGUGGAGGAGUUUUGCUACCAGCCCAUGGCGGUGCUGGGCUAUGAGCGGGUCAGCAGCCCGGAGGAGGUUAAAGACCUCAGCAAGACCCUGCUCCGGAAGCCCCGGCUGUGAGAGGGCUUCUGGGGUGAUCUUACUCUCUGUGGAGACACCCACAGGAUUGUGGUGUGUUUAAACAAACACAGCCCAGACCCAAACUGAGGAAGCCCACAUAUUCUAUUAUAGAUCUAUAACAUAAAUAACCACACAGGCAUUUGCUGUCAAUGUUUUGAGUCAUGGAAUUUCAAGGAACAGCAACAACGCACACAUCUCAGAAAAGGCAAGACCGGAAAGGUCUGACCAGCUGCCUCUCCUCCCCUCUCCCUGCCUUUUCUCCCUUCCCCUUUUUCCCGUUUCUUACCCUCUCCCCCACCUGCCUUCCAUUUUGAAGUGGGAUGUUGAUGAUAUCAAGUUCCAGUAAUCCAAAUCUUGUUUACAAACUUUUCGUGAUAUCUGUGAACAUGUAAAAGAAUAAUUUGGGUAUGGGGGGUGGGGUGGAGAAAGGGGAAGUGGUCCAGGAACAAAAAGCCCCGCUGGGCAUGAGCAACCACCCAGAGGCGUUCAUCUGAAGUAGAUUUUUGUGUAAAAAGCAAAGGUUACAUGUGAGUAUUAAUAAAGAAGAUAAUAAAUAAUAUUCUUUUUAUAUGUGCCUCCAUUACUUUGGAUUUACCUGUGCUAUAUGUCCAGUGCAGCUUCGGACAGAACCUGCUCUCCCGCCCUCCCAUCCCUGUUUUCCAGUCUUCCCUGGAGGACAGCUAAGAUCGUUGGGGGGCACAGCUUCUGACUCCUUGACAAGAACGGGGAUUGUUUUCUCAAGUAUAAAUCACAGCCUGUCAGGUGCCCAUUCCUGGGCUUGGGAACAAAUCUGGAAAAAUCUUAAGGCAAAAAACAAGCAGGGCAGCAGAGAAAAAAAGCACACACUACUUUCCUGUUGAAAUGUGAGUUUAGAAAGGAAGAAGCAACACCUUGAGGUUUGGAAGACAUUCAGUGUUGAUUACUAUUGAGUUAAGACCAGGGAAUUUUGAAGCAGCAAAGUUGGUCCUGAGUUUGGUUCAGAAAAAGGAGUUGUGUGUUGUUUUUUGUUUUCAAGUAUGAAAUUUAAAAAAAAAAAAGAGAGUGGAUGAUCAGAACACCAACCUCAAAAAUUGAUUGGAACAUAUUGUUGGUGAUGGAAUCAACUUCUGUAGUUAUAAAAGUGAUAGAAGUAUAUGUGUCUGGAGUGUUUUUUUUUUUCUCCCUGCCUCUGACACAGUACUUGGAGGCAUCUGAAAGCAGGGAAGUUUUAUCUGAGAACCAAAAAGGCACUCACAGGCUUUCCUCUUUCUCGCCUUCCGUCCAAAUAAAUGCAGAAGAUAAAUGUGAAUUUGUAAUGUUUUACUUGGGAUGCCAGGUGGGGUAUGUUGUUUUUUCUUUGUCGCGUUUACUAAAUGUAAAUUUAGGAAUGCUGCUGAUAAAAUACGGCUUCAGACCAAGAGCUUCUCGGAGAUGUGAAAAUGAGUUACGGAGAAGAGAAAAAGAAAAUGGAUUAUGAGUUAGUGUAGGAUUUUGAGAUUUGCUGUUUUCCAGGGAGAAAACCAUUGAAUUUUCCUGCAGUGGCAAUAGGGUUGCUGCUGCCCUGAGCCCAUUUUGCAGGGAAGCACUCUGUGGAAGUUAUGAAGCCCAAAUGGGGACAAGAGACAGUGUAGUUACGUAUUACAUUAAAUAUGGUACAACUUCAAUAUCAUCAUGGCCUUAUUUUACUGUGAUUUAUUAUGAGCUGUCUGAAAGCCAACACAUGUAGGUUCAAUGCUGAGGAUUUCAUUUUAGGAAAAAUGUAAUGAAAAUAAUAUGUACGUGGGAAAAUAUUUUAGCACAAGAUGAUUCUUAAGUAUGAAAUUAUAAUGUGAAAUCUUCACUGUUCACACUUAAGGAUUUCGAGAUAAAGCACAGAUUCUUUAUUCUUGAAAAAAUAAUUAGCAGUUGAUUUCAUAACAGUCUAGAAUGGUUAUUUCUUGAUUUACUGAAAUAGUUUAUAGUAUUUAUUAAGCUAGAUUACAGCUAUAACACAUGGAUCACAUUUUCUGUGAUACUUUCAUGGAGCUAUCUCUAGUAGCAGUAGAAUAUGUGUAAUGGCUUUAAUUUAAGAAUACUUUAAAACUAAA